AUGGGUAGGUCUCCAUGCUGUGAGAAAGCUCAUACCAACAAAGGGGCAUGGACUAGAGAAGAAGAUGAACACCUUAUUGCUUAUAUUCAAGCUCAUGGUGAAGGCUGCUGGAGAACUCUUCCUAAAGCCGCUGGCCUUCUUCGUUGCGGCAAAAGUUGCCGUCUUCGGUGGAUUAACUAUCUACGGCCUGAUCUUAAGCGCGGAAAUUUUACCGCCGAAGAAGAUGAGCUUAUUAUUGAACUACACCGCAUUUUCGGUAACAAGUGGUCUCUUAUAGCAGGUAGAUUACCAGGACGAACUGAUAAUGAAAUCAAGAAUUACUGGAAUACCCACAUAAGAAGAAAGCUACUGAAUCGAGGGAUUGAUCCCUCGACUCAUCGCCUAGCCAAAGAAGCAACAUCUGCUGACAGCAUGAGAAGUAAUUCUCUUGGUGCAGUUUCAGAACAAGAGAAGAUAACUAGAGCAGUCAAGUGCGAAAAACAGGAAAUCCAAUUCGAGAGGCAGUGUCAAGAAUUAAAUCUCGACCUUAAAAUAUGCCCUCCAUAUCAACAGCAAUCUGAAUCACUGGAAAAAAGAAGUACAACAGUUCUCUGUUUCUACUGCAGCCUUGGAUUGACAAACAACAAAGAAUGCUGUUGCAAGAGAAACGACCGCAAUGAUUUUCUUGGCAUGAAGCAUGAUAUCUUAGACUGUAGAAGCUAAAAGUUGGAUAUUCCAAUUAGAAGAAGUUGGUUACCUAGAGCCGAAUCCAGAACUGUGAAAUCUCGAAUUCAAUUUUCAUCCGAGCUAAUAUAAUUAUACUGCAAAAAGAAAAAUUAGAGAAGUUGGUCUUCUGCAUGUAGAUAAGGGAAUAAAUAAACAUGCUGAUCAGUAUCAUGUCUAAAUAAUCUUCUAUCACAAUGAAAGUACUGAUGAUUUACCAA